AAGCGAAAAUCAAUAGUCGCCGCCAUAUUUUUUCACGCGUUUUUUUUAACGCGCUUGGACUCUCGAAAAUGUUUAGAUAAAUAAGUUAUUUAAGGAAAAAAAGUUGUUGAAAACGUUGCCUAUAUCUCGCAGGCCAGUGAACAUUCAAUAGAGCUCCUAUCCGACGCAUCGCAUUCAGUAAAUCCUUUCGAGAAUCUUAGAACCGUAGUCUCCGGCAUCUGCGUUCGUGGGUGAAAAAGUGUGUGUGAAGCUAAAGUUACCGAAAGCAAGAGAGCAAAGAGCAUGGAUGGACCACAAGUGUCUUCCCCUCCGGUCGGUGGGCCACGUGGUGGUGGCGGUGGAUACCGCGGACGCGGUGGUGGAGCCCCGAUGCGGGGAGGAUUCGAUCGAGGCCGUGGACGCGGACGUGGUGGCCACUUUAUGGGCAUGCGAGGGGGCGGUGGAAUGGGUGGCGGACCACCCAUGGGUGGUGGUAUGAUGUCUGGGCCGCCACGCGGAAUGCGCGGUCCUCGCGGUGGCCCUGGGUACCAGGGCCGCGGGGGUGGUGGCUACCAGCCGCGUGGUGGUGGUCCGAUGGGAAUGAGGGGUGGACGUCCACCCAUGUACCAGCAACCUCCCAAACAACACACAGGUGCUGAAAACAACAAGACUGUGUCCCCAGUGCCCGCUUCCACAGUUAGUGCGGAUCAACCAGGAGAGCCGGCCGCCAGUGAAGAAGUCACCGAUGGACAAACCCCGGCAUCCAGUGUUCCGCCCUCCGGUGGAUCUGCUUCCAGCAAUGGUGGUGGACCUCCACCCUACAUGGGUCGCGGGCGCGGACGCGGUGGACCCUUCAGUGGACGCGGACGUGGUGGCGGCUACAACCCGCACAUGAACGGCAGCGGCGGCGGCAGCAUGUACGGAGGUCCUCACGGACACCAUAGCAACUCGAUGGGCGGAGGUCCGGGCGGAGAUCACGGAUCAAUGCCUCGACGCGGAGCCCCACGCGGUAGGGGCGGUUACAAUCAAGGUAUGAGUCGGCCCCCCUUGCAUCACCAUCAUCAGGCACAUAAUUCCAAUACACAACUUGCACCGGUACCAGCUCUCAAACGCGGCGCACCCGGUGGUCCUGGACCCAAACGUGGACGCUACGAGGGCGGUCCUUACAGCCAGAGACCCAUGACGCCCAAGUAUCACAGUUCCCAGCAGCAUAUGGGCGGCGGCGGUGGUGGCGGAAGCAUGGCACCCCCAUCCUCUUACGGAUCACCCCCGAGCCAUCAUGCUCCUGCUCAGAGCCACCAUGGAUACCAGGCACACGACCAGACCCAGCAGGUGGAUCCAUACGCCCAGAGCGGCUACAGUUCCCAGACAGCCCAGCAGGGCUACAACGGCUACGGCCAGAGUAGCGGCAGCAGCUACACUAGCCACACUUCGACUACUGCGCCAGCUAGCGGCAGCUAUGGGGCUCAUCAAGGCACAGAGUACGAUCAAAGCCAGUACCAGAGCUACAACAGCUCCACAGGCUACACUGCGCAACAAGACACGCGCUACCAGUACGGUCAGGACUAUAGCCAGCAAUACGGCUCGACUGCCGUUGACUAUAACGCCACAGGUCAGGCUGACUACAGUCAGCAAGCGAGCGCAGGCUACGAUGAACGCUCCUAUGCGGGCUAUGAUUCGCAAGCCUAUUCUCAGAACUAUUCGGGUACAGCUGGUUACUACUAAACAACCGCAUCCGCAUCCCACUCCCACUUCUGAUGGCUUUCCAGAGAUAGAGAACAGAACGCUGUGCGUGCUCGGAUAGGCCGGGAGACCAAGUAAAGGGAUUAGGGCAAACAGAAAUCAAGUAAAUGGAAGGGAAUAUAAAUUUUGCAGAAGAAACUUGAUAUAUGUAAUACACAACACUCACAUAGACCCUCAGAACAUAUAAUUUUUAGAUUUAAGAUUACAGUUCCCUUUUUCUUAGCAUUUAAGUAACUCGUGUUGCAACGUCUUUCUAUAUAAGCCCAAAACUAUUUUCUUCAUUUGUUUUCGUUUUGUCAACCCUCCACCCUCAAACCAGAUGAAAAUAAUUAAAACUUCUUGGAAUGCCUGUUAAUCAAUGUUUUGUUAGUAGACAAACGGAGCUAUCCGUACUGAGCUUCGGCCUAAAAAUGAAAGUCUGUGCUCCUCUAAAGCCUCUUUUAUAAUACUAUCUCUACUGUAACCAAAAAAAAUAAGCUUAAAACCAUAAUAUUUAUAUGACGGAAGCACGAGAGCGUUCAUUCUCACUCGGAUGAACCUGCUAAAUUUUUAUAUUUUGUGAAAUAUGUCAUAUUGUACACAAGAGAAUGCAAUGUAUAGAUUUUAGUUGAUAAGCUCAAAAACGAAAACAACUCUAUGAACCCCCAAAAGUUUUGUUUCCACUCCCAAAUACUCGAGUAGUAUCUGAAAACAUUUAUGAUUUUGCAAGAUUGUUGCUUUAUUUACAAUAUUGACGUGAAAACACAGAAAUCAGAAUUUCUUAUUUAAUUUUUUUUUAUUUUAACCAUUUUUUGAUAGCAACAAAAGUUCAUACGUAUGUAAUUCUUAUAAAAUAAGCUGAAAAAAACCAAUAACGAAAUACACGAAAUAUAUUAGCAAAAGAUGCAAAAUCAUAACCAAUAUCAAAGUCAAUAAAAUAAUAUUCAAAAAUGUG